AUGGAUAUUUCCGAGGGGAUUGUAUCACUUGCAGAUGGCAAGGCAAUAUCGUCUGACCUGAUCAUCUGUGCUGAUGGCAUCAGUUCGCGAACACGCAGUACCGUGAUCGACAUCCCUUCUUGCUCACCCAGGCCUCUGCAAGAUUCCGUAUAUCGAGCGAUGCUCCCACGAGCGGUCAUGAUGAGCCGUCCUGAAACCGACAAGCUUAUAUCAACUGACAGUGCACAACUCUUCAUGGGUCCGAAGCGGGCCUUGCUUGCUUACCCAAUUGCCCAAGGCAAGUUGUAUAACAUUGCAAUCACGGCACUGGAUACGAAUCCUAGUUCAGAUACCGAUAGAAUAGGCAGGUGGAAUGAUCCUGUAGACAUCAAUGAGCUUAAGAGGCUUUUCCACGACUUUUGUCCGCAAGUUCAGAGCUUAUUAGGUCUUGUGGAAACAUGUACGAAAUGGACUAUCGCCGAGGUGCCACCACUCGAAACUUGGUCCAGUAAGUCCGGUAGAGUGGUACUUCUUGGCGAUGCAGCACAUGCGAUGUCGCCGCAUCUAGCGCAAGGCAGUGCGAUGGCCAUCGAGGAUGCAGCGGUAUUGGGUGAGUGCCUGCAGCGAGUCGAAUCAACGCAAUGUAACUUGACACAAGCGUUACAAUGGUACGAACAAAUUCGCAAACCUCGCGUUGAGCGAAUUGCUGGAUUGGCUCGGCAGAAUGGCGCCAGUAUGCUGUUGGAAGAUGGUCCGGAGCAAGAGCAAAGAGAUCGCAAAUUCGGUGCGUCUUUGGAUGCAAACCAAAGUCGAGUAAUGACUAAGGUGCUUUCUGAAGCAGUGGCAGAUCAAAAUGCGCCGUGGGCAACACCAGCUUUUUCGAAAUGGCUGUACGGAUUUGAUGCUCUCAAAGACGCCCAGAUUCGGCUUGAGCGGCUGUCGGGGCUCCAAAAUAGUCAAGUAACCUCUGCUGAGUUGAGAGCAACCAACUAG